AUGGCUUCAAUUCGGACUCGACAACUGGCGAGUGUUGAGUGUUUGUACCCUGUCCUGAGCGUACUGUUGCCGUGGCAUUUGUUGUGCGCCUGUAAUGUGUCCAUCUGUCGGCGGUUUGGUAUCCACUUUGGUCCUCCUGGUGAAUGGGCUUCCCGUCUGCCGCAUAUCUGGUGUUCAUCUGAAGUCAUAUCCGUCGGUCGUCUGCAUUUUGCAUGUUUAAUGCUGGCAACGGGGCGUCAGGAGGCUGCAUGCGAGGCAGAGGUUGAGGAGCAGGUCCGAGUGGGCAACGAGCGACCUGGACCUUCUAAGAGGCGUCAACUCUGCGAGGAAGCAAGGAAGCUGGGACUGGUGACUUCUGCCGCCGGCUGCUGUUGCGGUGCCGAAUGGCUGCCCGAUUGA